GUGUAGGAGGCUAUGUGAUUAUAGACUGGAAUGUUUAAAUUGUGUAGGAGAAAAUUUCAAUUGAAUACAGGAAAUCACGAUAAAGACUAACAGGGUUUAAAGUGGAGUAAUGUUGCCAUCUAAACCUAAUGUCGAGGAAACAAGGAAGAGAGGCUAAAGUACGCAUAUUUUGAAACUGAGAGCUAGCUACACUCAUUAGGGGAGGCGGCCCUGUAUAAUUACUUUGGUGAAGCGGGAUGCGAAAGUGGGAUCAAGUUGUGUUAUAUAUUUACGCGUCCGUGCUCAGACAUGGUUCGAAUACUGUAAUUUAAAAAGUGUUUAAAUUGCUUCUACUUUUAUUGUAUUGUAGUGUAUAUACAGUACAUGUAUAUAGAAUAUUUAAUAAACGUCUCGAUUACACGAUUUUUAGAAAUUAAUGCAUCAAGGAACACCAGGAGAAAUAAUACCAUACCGGUAACUUGUUAUGAGUAAAAGUUAUAUUACUACAUGUUUUUAUAAAAUUAAUAUAGUUAUAAAAAAUAAAAUAGCACGAAGGAUAUACAAUCAGGCUAAAUGCUAUGUUGGGUAACGUGCAAGUUAUACCUCCAUUGUUAAACUGUCUCAUAAGAUCUGAUUAAUCAAUCUUGAAUACAUGAAUAGGCCUUUCUAUGAACAAUACAGAAUGAAUGCAUAUAUCUUCAUCAACGCCCUGCAAUUGAAUUAGACAUACAAUGUGAUUGGAGUUAUACAAUGCCAUUCUCAGCAGUUGUAAUUGAACUUUCAUUAUACUCGUAAUGAACGUGCGUUUUUAAUUGUUACACCUCCCAAUUAAUAUGUGAAGAUUGAAACAAUAGCUUUGUUUUGGAAUUUACCAAUUUCACGACCAUUCGAAAGGUGAGGCCCAUAGCCUGGUGCAUAUAAACUGUGGUAGUUUUCAUCAUCUUCAUUAGCCUUUGAGCCUCGUAACAAGAUACACUACAUUAUUAAUUAUCCAGAACUUUGUGGCCAAAAGAAUAUGGCAGAAGUCUUGUAUAAUGUGAAUACGGCUGCCUCACCAGACACAACUGUUCAAGAACCUGUACUCAGACUGGAACCUCAGUGUCCUGAUGAUGUUUCUGAAACGGAUGUUGCAAACGAAAUCCGAAGUGACUCGCCGGCUGAACCACAGAAGAUAAAUAAAAGAUCACGACCACGACCAGACUACAUGCGGCAUGUCAAAUCUCCAUUUUCUUACAUCGAGAUGAUUACUUAUGUUAUCGAAUCUAAUUCCAGUACAAUGAUGACGUUACAGGACAUAGUACGAUCAAUGACCAAAGCUUUCCACUGUUUUCGUGGUGGCUACGAAGGAUGGAAGAACAGUGUGCGUCAUACUUUGAGUAUCAACGAUUGUUUCAAAAAAGUUCUUCGUCGUCCGGACAGGCCGUCAGGAAAGGACAACUUUUGGAUUAUGAAUGAAGAUUGUAAGCAUUGUAAAUUGUCAAGAAUGGAAAACGAUUGGGUUGACAUAAAAGUACGUUAUCAACAAUAUAUAAAGGACGUUGGUGAAACAGUGGAUUUGUCAGUACAAGAUGAGAAAUUUACAUCUACACCAAAUUCGAGGUUUGCAGAAAGAAAUAAACAGAAGCUGAGAUCACCGACGACUCCAGCGGAUCGUGUUUACAGCCAAGUCGAGUACCGUCCUCGCUAUAUGCCGAUGUUUAUGCCUAUUGCAUUGCCGAACACAAUGAGUGUGAUGGACCAACAUCUAAUGGAUUUUUAUGGCACCUCACAAAACAGUCUAAAACGACCAUCGUUGGAUGAUGAACCACUUGAUCUAACUGUAAAGAAAUUUAAAAUUUCAACUUCGGCAGCUGUGACAACUCAAUAUAAACAAUAUACAUUUAGUCCUAUCCAUAAUCAUAGGGGUUCGCCAAAUGGAUCUUGUUCGCCUGACUUUCGCAGUUCCAGUCCUCCGCUAGUCCACACCAACUCCAAUAUGCGUUCAACAAGGAACAUCAGUCCAGAACAUUGUAUAUUUAGAAGCAAGGUUCACUUUCCCCCGAAUGCUGAUAAAGCUGGGUUCCUGAGCAGCAUGGCUGGACGUAUGUAUGAAUACGAUCAAGACGGAAGACUUGGAUUGGUGCAAAGUAUUGCGGACGCAAGAAGAAGACCGAUUUACAUAUUGAGCAGUAUGCCACGUUCAAUACAUACAGCAACGGGUUACUAGCGGAAACCGCUACCAGAAGUACAGGCCCCACCAAUCGUCGGACUAAUUCGUCAAUGGGCAAUAUAAAUGUAGGCCCCUAAAUAUAAAAAUAACGCUGAGUACACAAUUGGUACGCAAUAAGCCUAUGUACUAGGCUAUCAUCGAUUUCUCACAAUUAAAUAUAAUUAAUUAAACAUAUUUUACAAGUAAUCCGUCAGCGAAGCUGAGCAUCCGGAACCUUUGAUAGUUGUAUAUUAGGCUAUUAUUGCGAAGCUUAAGGAUACCAUCCUAACGGCAACUCGAAAAUGUAGACCUUAUAUAAUUGUUUAAACGUUUAAGUGAUAGGAUUAUUCUAUGUUUUGUAACUGUGAAAUAACAGUCGUCCUUUAAUAAAUUAUAUAUAACAGUGUA